AUGACUAUGACACGAGGUUGGUGUAAAGAUCAACUAAUGAGGAGCGGGAGGAUAAAGGAUUCUGUCUGGAUCGGAAUGAAGACGCAAAGCGCGUCGUCGUCGUCACGCUUGCCAUUCCCGAACUUCAACAAAGAAAGUCCCAUUGACGGAUGUGCAGGUGACAUUAUUCAUUUCUUUGUCUCUGUCGUUACUGAAAGUGUUCGGAGUUGCGCGUGA